AAAAGGGUGCUGACUGCUGGACGAUUAGCAGCAGGAAGCCGGAAAUAGUGCUUGCUAUCCGUUAAACGGUUGCUUCGUGUGGGGUUGUUGGGUUUUUUAUUUUUAUUUUUUUUGCCGCUUGUCUCUUGGAUCCGUUCCUUCGGUUGGCUCCCCCCCCACCCGCAUUCCUUUUCGCUCAUGGCCGAGUUCGAUCUCUUCGGCUCCCCUCAGCCAGUGGCGGGAAACGGGGCACUGGGGGUUGGCGGCGAAGAAGACCCAGCCGCCGCUUUCCUGGCCCAGCAGGAGAAUGAAAUCGCGGGCAUCGAGAACGACGAGGGCUACAAUAUCCUGGAAAACGGCGAGGUGCCCGUCGGGCUGCAAGGCCAAGACGCGCUGACCGCAGAGGCAAUUGAUGGAGUGACGAAUGGCGAUAUCUACCAGGAGAGCAAUGGUCCUUCAGACUGCUAUGCUGCUAUAUCUCAAGCUGAUCGUCUGCAGACAGAACCAGAGAGCAUUCGCAAAUGGAGAGAAGAGCAGCGGGAGCGCCUAGAAGAGCUUGAUGCAAACUCUCGAAAGCAAGAAGCAGAAUGGAAGGAAAAAGCAAUAAAGGAAUUAGAGGAGUGGUAUGCAAGACAAGAUGAACAGCUACAGAAAACAAAAGCAAAUAACAGGGUGGCAGAUGAAGCUUUCUACAAACAACCCUUCGCUGACGUGAUCGGUUAUGUCACAAACAUAAACCAUCCUUGCUACAGCCUAGAACAGGCAGCUGAAGAAGUCUUUGUGAAUGAUGUUGAUGACUCGUCUCCUGGCACCGAGUGGGAACGUGUGGCUCGACUCUGUGACUUUAACCCCAAGUCGAGCAAGCAGGCGAAAGACGUGUCCCGCAUGCGCUCAGUGCUGAUUUCGCUCAAGCAGGCCCCGCUGGUUCGCUGAAGGGAAAGCACACCCUACACUACAAAUGCAAUAUCUAACUUUACUCAGAGAAGCUGUGUUUGCAGUAAUUGGAUUAAUUAUGUUUAAAUGUUUGUUUGUUUUUUGUUUUUUGUUUUUUUGGACCAAACCUCACAAUGUAUUUAGAGUUUGAUCAUUGUUCUGUGAUUGCAUGUUCCUCCUCUCUGCCCUCCUGGUGUCCAAACUGGGAGAAAACUUCCAGAACUGUAGUCUCUAUGCUGCUCUUACGCAUUGAGAUUUGACUUUCAAAUAUACUGAUAUUAAAGGUCUGUUUAAAUUGCACUGUUGUGUGGGAAUAUUAAAAUGCUGAAGGAC